AACACCAGCGGCUGGAAGCGGGUCGCGCUCCGCUUGGGCACAGAAGGGAACGAAACCUUCUUCGUCUCCAGCUCUGUGAUUGGACGACACGCAGUUACAUAGGUGCAGUGUGUAGCGCUUCCUGAUGCGGCACGCUUUCACGCCUGGGAUAUAGUGGCUUGCAACGGCUCGAGGAUUCGUCCUGUCCAACGCACGUUGGCAAGUCCGCGUGAACGGCAUUCGUUUGUGUAUGUUGUGAAACAUAAGUAGAGGUGUUCUGUGCUAACGGCAGGAAUUUUGGUUGUUUCUGUGAUUUCUUUGAUAUUCGCGCGGAUUUUGGAAUACCACAUGCUGCAGUUUUAAACGCGUUGUCGGCUGAUAUAAGGUUCCGGUCGGCGCCUGGGCGAGAGGCGCUCCCGCCGCAAGAUGGCGGCGCGGCUGCUGGCGCUGUUGCCGCUUCUCCGCUACGGCUGACCGUCCUGCGGCCCUUCUCCGAGCGGUGUAAUGCUGGGUACGAGCUACAAAUUGAUGACGCCCUCGCUGGAGCGCGAAGACGUGGCGGGCGGCUCCGCGCAUGCGCUGCAGGCGGCCGCGCUCAUCCUGCUGGCGGUGUUCGGCUCGGGCACCAACAUCCUGGUCGCCGUCGUCUUCUACCGGCGCCCCACGCUGCGGUCGCCGUCCAACAGGUUCGUGCUGAGCCUGGUGCUCGCGAACCUGCUGACGUCGCUGGUGGUGGCGCCGCUUCUGGUGGCGGAGACGGCGCACCACGACGCCGCCGCCGCCCCCUGGCUGCGCCAGCUCGCGCGCGGUGGCACCGCCUUCGCUGUCACGGCGUCCGUCCUGUCCGUGCUCGCCAUCGCCGUGGACCGCUACAACGCCGUGCUCGCGCCGCUGCACUACGCCAUGACCGCCACGCGCCAGCGCAGCCGCGGCAUGAUCGCCGGCGUGUGGGGCGUGGCGGCGCUGCUGGCGGCGCCGCACGCGCUGGGCGCCGACUUCCACCGCCUCCAGCCCGCCGCCGCCGACUUCCGCCCCCUGCAGCCCGCCCCCGCCGGCCGCGAGGUGUUCACGCUCACCUACGCCCUCGUGCUCGUCACGGUCGGCUUCACGCUGCCGCUGUUCGCGCUGUGCUGGAUCUACGCGCGCAUGUACAGCGCCGCGCACCGCAACAGCGAGCGCACUCGGCGCCACAGCGUGUGCACGAACCCCGGCUCGCUGGAUCUGGCGCUGCCGCCCCCGGGGACGGCGCCCGACCACCACCAGCUGCGGCGCACGUGGCGCGGCCCGCCGCUCGGCCAAAUCGCCGCCCCCAAGCGGCGCUCGUCCAACGCCAGCUUCUCGGCGCUGCUGUUCCGCGAGGAGGGGCGCGCCGUCAAGACCGCCGCCAUGGUCAUCGCGUCCUACCUGUUCUGCUGGACGCCCUACUUCGCCAUGCUGCUGGUGGACACGUGGGGCGACGCCGGCGGCCCCGCGGAGGGCGACGUCGUGCCCGAGUCCUUCCGCUUCCUGUCGCUGCUGUCGGCGCUGUCCAGCGGCUGCGUCACGCCCUUCAUCUACGUGUUUCGCAACGAGACGGCGCGCCAGGAGGCCGUCAAGGUGCUCACGUGGUGGCGGCGCGCGCGCGGCAAGUACGCCGGCGAGCCGGCGGCGGGGGCGGGGGCGGAGGCGGCGCCGGCGCGCUGCGGCAGCGGCAAGCCCCCGCGACAGUCGCUCUCCUACUGCGACAGCACGUCCGUGCAGAGCUUCCGCGUGUCUGCGGCGCAGCCCGAGUGCCGGCACUGCGGCGGCGACGCGGUCGCGCGGUCGGCGCCCGCCAGCUCGGCGGACUUCGUGGCGUCGUACGACGUGGUGGAGUGUCCCGGCGAGGAGGAGGCGCGGCGCGGCAAGCCCCAGGUCGAGGGGUCGCCGACGGCGAGGGCGAAGCCGCGGCGGGAGUCCGUCGGCGUCACCUUCCGCCUGGCCUUCCUGCCGCAGCGGCGCUGCCAGACCUGCGUGCGCCAGAACUCCGACUCGUCGUCGGGCAGCGGCCACCCGCUGAUCCGCGAGGGCGACGCGACGGACUCGCCCGCGCUGCGCGCCGCGCGCUGCAACAACAACAACAACAACAACAACAACAGCGGCGGCGGCGGCGCGGCGCUGCGGCGGCAGAAGCUGCUGGCGGGGCAGCAGGGCAGCUCGGGCGAGGAGCUGACGGUCAGCGAGAGCGAGCCGGGCACACCGCGCAGGUUCCACGUCGGCGACAGCGGCGACGGCGACGCUGUCAUCCUGGAGCUGGACGAGCCGUUCGGCGAGGCGGUGGCGCGGCCGCAGUCUGUCUUCCAGUUCCAGGAGACGGCGCUGGAGAGCCUGGCGCCCCUGUCGGCGUCCCAGGAGCAGGAGCCGUUCCCGCGGCAGGACUCGGCGCGCAGCGAGUCGGCGGCCGUGCGCCAGGACUCCGACUACAGCGACGUGACGGUGGACAGCGGCGUGGUGGCAGACAUGCUUCCCCCGGGGCUGGGCCGGAGCCAGUCCGCCUGCAGCCUGGGCCAGCGCCCUGAGCGGCGGCGACACAAGCUGCAGCGCCUCGCCGCCGUCGAGGACGAGGAGAUCGUGUCUGUGCCGCGCGAGGACGACGAGGAGGAGGAGGCCGGCGGCGGCGACCGUCGGCCGUCCGUCACCUCGCGGAUCCGCUCCGGCCUGCGGUCCAGCUUCCACAGGCCGUCCUUCCUGCUGGCGCGCUGCGACACCUGACUCUGAGGCAGCUAGCCGGCCCGCCGCUGCCGGCGGCAUGGGAGCGCCGCUCGGCCACUCUCCUGCGGUCUGGCCGACUUCAGAUCUACGGGAGAGUCUUUUAAAUACCCGCAUUCCGCUGAAAAUUCACAAUUUUUUUUAAAAUAUUCAACAACUUAAAAGGCUUACUUUUUUUUUCCUACAUUAAAAAUUUCUAGUAUUAUACAAAAACCCUCCAAAAUUUUUAUCUUCUCAACUCAGUCACUUAUUGUUAUUUACGAGCAUUGCAAUAGUAAGGUAGGUACUUUAAAUACUCAUUUGUUUUUGUUUCUUCUAAAUUAUAAGUUUUAUGUUCAUGUUGGAUGAAAAAAAUAAAUUUAAACGAGUAAUUUUUACCAUGGUGACUACUGAAAUCCAGUAGUAAUAAAGUACAAAAGUAGUGAACCAAUUGGCUUACAUACAUACAAUCUUCUGAUUUCAUAAUUUCCAAAACUUCUAGUGAGGGAUUUAAAUUUUUUACUGUGUUCUUUAGAUGACUCUAGUGUUAUUAGAAUCAAAAAUAAACAUAGCAGUGUACAGUAACGAGGGACAGAAUUUUAAUUUUUUUUUGUCAAUUUGAGUUACAUGUUAUUAAAAAAAAAACUCUCAGCAUUAGUGUUACGCAAGAAACCUACACUCACAGCUAGACUCAAUUUUUCUUUGCAUAUUGCUCAUUUGUUUGCGAUUCUGUUCACCUUUUGUUGCAAGUUUGUCAUUUUUGAUGUGUGUUCGAUAAAUUGUCUGAUUGCUCAACUAGCUUAUCACCUAAUCAAUUAUCUGUGAAUUUUCAGUCUCUGUCCUUGCGACACCAUAUGUAGCGUCCUCCCAUGCUUGCCAGGAGUGGCAGCUGUGGUACAGUUAUACCGUUGCGUACAUGCACACGUACAACGUCAGGGUAAAUUGACAGUGCACCGAAAUAAUACUUAGUUCCUACCUGUGAAAGCUUCAAGUACCUUCGUAUCGCUUUUUGUUGUCUGUGAAGUGAAAGAUCUGACAGUUGUGAACCAAGCACAUAACUUUUUAAAGUGAGAUAAUAAGUUAUUUAUUUACCUAGAUGUGAUAUGACAUUAAAUUUAUUUAACAAUGAUUUUUUUUUUUCAAACAAGUAUGUAUGUCCUGAAAACAAGAUUUUCUAACUAUCUGUGUAAUGAAAUGUGUUUACUUGCUCUGAAAAAAAAACAUUCUUCUUGGAUAGUGAAUUUGGAUGAAACAAUGCAUUUAUACGGAGACUUACAAUGAAAAUUUGUAUGAAAUAACAAAGUGUGCUUUUUUACAACAGGUUUACAGUUAAAACAUAUUGAUAACAAUAUUGACAAUGCCCAAAGUAUUAUUGAAUUCUACUUUUUAUGAUUAGUUUGUAAAUUUUGUUUUUACACAUCCAUAUGUUUUUCAUAAAAAUUAUCUCUUUUUAUUUAAAGCUACAUUAUAAUAGUAUGAAAAAACAAGUCCAUAAUUACUGUAUGUAUAUGUUUAAAAAUGUUCACGUUUUUAAUGGCCAGUGAUAAAACCUUGCCAACUCUAACCAGCAAGAGAUGCAAGGUGGUGUUUCUAAAACUGUGCACACAAACAUUCAAGUUAGCCUUUGUUUCAGAGUAACUUGGUAUAUCAAUUUAUAUGGAUUUUUUUUUAAAUCACCCAAGUAAAGGUUUAUGACUAAAAAUGGUGUUGCCAAAUUUUUAUUUCUGUGAAUUAUUAUAAAACUUUAUUCUGUAUGAAAUAAAAGUAUUUUCCAUUUGAUAUUGAUAUGUACCAAUUACAUAAUAUGCAAGGAUUUUAAUAUUAAAUACAAAUAUAAGACCUCAAGGAAGUUCAAAUAUUUAAUUUUAUUUGCAAGCAAAUUUUUAUGGCAUAAAAUAUGAAAUUUUUUAUAACAUGAAAUAUCAUUAAUGUUAUUUUUCUUCAAAAUAAAUAUUGUGGAGUACAGUAGCGGAUCCAGAGGGGGGGCUAAGGGGCUCAAGCCCCCUCCAAAAGCAUCUGGGUCCACUAUUGUUUUAGUGUUUGCCUUGAUAAAGCCUAGCCUCAGCUGGGUCAAGCCCCUCCCAAAACAAAAUCCUGGAUCCGCUACUGGUGGAGUAUGACAACCAGAACUUCUCAUUGCUUUCACCAUUAAAUAACCAUCAUCAGAUGAUAUAGGUACUACCUAUAUAAUAUGGUGAAUUAAAAAACCAUGAACCACGUAAAUACCUUGAUUUUUUUUUCUUUCGAAAAAACAUAUUUACAAAAUUUUUUUCUGCCCAAACAAAACAAACAGGUAGCUGUAAAUAAAUAAUCUAAGUCUGACAAUAUAAUGAUAAAACAAAAAAUUAAUUAUGAAGUUAAACAUAAAUUCAUAUGUAUUGAUAACACAUUGCUGAAAUUGCAUAGUACAUACUUAUAAACACCAAUCAGAACAGUGAUUUGUGCACAGGUUUGUUGUGUUUUUUUAUUAAGGGAAGUUCAAUUCAACCGGCUGGACCGGUUGUUGAGAUUGUAGUAUCCCUGCAUUAGUGCCAUCAAAUAGAUUUAUAUGUGAAUGUAUUGUGUUAGUGUUUAUGUGUGUUGUUCCUUCUGUUCGGGUAAGAAAGAAUUUCAUCCACAAUGAUUUAUUCAUGUUGAAUAAAGUUUUGUUGAGUCAUGUGAUGCCAAAA